AUGAAGAAGCAUGGACAUUUCUUCAACAGUGAGAUUCCAGCCAUCGUGAAAGGAGGAACUCCAGUGCUCAAGUGUGUUGAACGGUACGGAUUGUAUCUGCUGGAUGAAGUAGAAGCACCCUUCAACUUUGCCGCUGUCAAAACCUCUCCUCGACCUGGGGUCUCGAUUGCUACUCCGAAGACCUGGCACCGACGAGUUGGUCACCUGUACGAAAUCUGGCGUUUGGCUUUGGUCGUUUGA